AAAAAGAUGAUGUGUCAAAUGGCAACACCGGACAGUAAUAAAAAUAAAGUCAAAAAACUGAGUGUUUUGUGACGGAAAUUGAUAAACAAAGGACCGGUUAAAGUUUAUCUACACAUUAGUAUUUAUCUUAUUAUCUUAUCAAAUACAUUCCCUAAUAUAAAUUAAGUUUCGCUGUUAUUAGUGCGCCUUAUUCAAUCAACACUCAUAACUAGUAUAAAAUGCCGUUGAUGCCAAAGGUAGGAAUUAUAGGAGGUACUGGUUUCGAUAAUCCAGAUAUUUUAAAAAACAGGAAAGAAAAGAAAGUAACAACACCUUUUGGUAAUCCAUCAGAUGUUUUAGUACUAGGAGAAAUAAAUGGAGUUCAAACGAUAUUACUAAGUCGCCAUGGAAGAAAGCAUGAUAUUAUGCCAGGAAAUGUUAACUAUAGAGCUAACAUAUGGGCUUUAAAAGAAGAAGGGUGCACACAUAUUAUAGCUACUGCAGCUGUAGGAUCACUUCAGGAAAACUACAAACCAGGUGAAUUGGUUUUAGUUGAUAACUUUAUUGAUAGAACUACAAAUCGAAAACAGACUUUUUAUGAUGGCGAACCUGGACAUCCCAUUGGUGUAUGUCAUAUUCCUGUGGAGCCAGCAUAUUGUUUAAAAACUCGAGAGCUUAUAUUGAAGACAGCUGAAGAAUUGAAAGUUUCUUUGAUUCCAACUGGAACUGUGAUAACUAUUGAAGGCCCAAGAUAUUCUUCAAAAGCAGAAAGCAAUGUAUUCAGGUCUUGGGGUGGUCAUAUUAUCGGGAUGACACAAGUUCCUGAAGUUGUUUUAGCUAAAGAAGCAGGCAUAUGUUAUGCAAGUGUAGCUUUGGUAACUGAUUAUGAUUGUUGGAGAGAAUCUGGGGAAAAAGUCUGCGUUGCUGAAGUUAUGAAAACUUUCAGUGAAAAUGUUUCUAAAGUUUCAAAAUUUGUUCUUUCAAUAGUUACAAAGAUUGGCCAAGAAAAAUGGGAUGAUACUGUUAAAGAACUUCAGGAUGUAGUGAAUGGUGCUAUAAUGCUCCCAAAAUAAAUCAGAAAAACUUACUACAUUAAUUAGGGAUACUAGACUAUUAUAAUAACAGUAUUGACAUGUUAUAAAGUUCUUUCAAAGUGCUUUAUUUUAUAAAACACAAAAGAAAUAUAUUUGCAAGUUAC